AUGUCGUUUACGGACAAGGAAGAGAAUCAAAAGAAGGACGAUGGCCUGACCAGAGAAUCCACACAUGACCAAGGUCAAGAAUUGUCGCAGCCGCAUCACAAUGGCAUCCAAAAGCCGGAGUCUCUUUUGGGCGAGGCUGCUUUCGUGGGGGUUAUAUGCGGCGCUCAGCUGAUGACACAGGCAGGACUGGGCCAGUCGAUAGCGCCUCUGCAUAUAAUUGGUGACAGUUUUGGCACUCGUAAUCCCGGGCAGCUCAGCUGGUUUGCUGCUGCAUAUUCCUUGACAGUAGGUACGUUCAUAUUGAUCGCGGGGAGACUUGGAGACGUUUAUGGACACAAGAAGUUUUUCAUCAUAGGCUUUUUCUGGUACGCGCUGUGGUCAUUGCUGGCUGGCUUCAGCGUUUACUCCAAUCAAAUUUUCUUCGACUGCUGCCGCGCCUUCCAAGGCAUUGGGCCAGCACUUUUGCUUCCCAACGCCAUCGCCAUCCUUGGUCGUACAUAUGUGCCUGGAAGGAGAAAGGCUAUGAUCCUUAGCUUGUUUGGUGCGACCGCGCCCGCAGGCUUUGUCCUCGGCGCUGUGUUCUCAUCCAUUUUCGGUCAGCUAACUUGGUGGCCUUGGGCGUAUUGGGCAAUGGGUAUUGUGUGUUUCUUUUUGGCAGUUGCUGGUAUUCUAGUCAUCCCGCGCAUGCCUUUGCCAGAGCUCGAUACUUCCGUAAGCACCUACCAACGUCUUGAUAUCCCCGGUUCUGUUACGGGUGUUAUCGGGCUUGUGCUGCUCAAUUUCGCAUGGAACCAAGGCCCUGUCGUGGGAUGGCAAACACCAUACACAUACUCACUCUUAAUUGUCAGCGCCGUUUUCUUAUGUGUGUUUGCCUUUAUUGAAUCGCGUGCCCCUCACCCCCUCCUUCCCCUCUCUGCGCUGAGCAGCGACGCCGCAUUUGUGCUCGGGUGCGUGGGCGCGGGCUGGUCGAGCUUCGGGAUCUGGAUAUACUAUUUCUGGCUUUUCUUAGAAGAGCUGAGAGGACACAGCCCCCUCUUGACGAGUGCGCAGUUUGCGCCGGUGGCUAUUAGCGGCUUGUGUGCAGCUCUGACGACCGGUUUUGUGAUAACCCGAGUGCGGGCCAGUCUCGUUAUGCUUUUUGCAAUGACGGCUUUCACGGUUGGGGGGAUAUUGAUCGCUACUGCGCCUGUGAAACAGGUCUAUUGGGCACAAGCUUUUGUUUCGAUCAUUGUGAUGCCUUGGGGAAUGGAUAUGUCCUUUCCAGCGGCGACAAUAAUGUUGAGCGACUCGAUGCCUCAUGAACACCAAGGCCUCGCAGCUUCACUAGUCAACGUGGUGGUGAAUUACUCGAUUUCUAUUGGAUUGGGUCUCGCAGGUACUGUUGAAGGCCGGGUCAACAACGGAGGUGCCAACUUACUAAAGGGAUAUCGUGGUGCUUGGUAUAUGGGUAUCGGCCUAAGUGGUUUCGGCAUUCUUAUUGCCUUCAUGUACGAAUACCAUACUUUCAAAAAGUCGAAGAAAAUGCCUUCUGAGAAGCCUUUCGCUUAA